CCCUACGCUCUUCAACUCCGCGAGCUCCGUAGCAUUCAUGGCCUGCAGUGCCUCAACUUGCCAGUCAACCUGCUACUCCGACCAACCAGACCAACAACACUCCACUUCAACUGCUUCCACCAACAAAACCAACAGAAACAUCAUCAGCAAUGGUCUCUGUCUCAAAUGCAAGACCAACCCUCCCAUCUCCGCCGCCGCCGCCGACUCCCAAUUCUGCGCCGACUGCUUCCGCGCCAAUCUCUUCGGCAAGUUCCGCUUCGCCGUCACCUCCAACGCCAUGAUCUCCCCCUCCGACAACGUCCUCGUCGCCUUCUCCGGCGGCCCUUCCUCCAGGGUUGCUUUGGAGUUCGUACAUGAGAUGCACAGCAAAGCGCAGAAGAAUUUCGACGCCUGUAGGGACAGAUCAUUGCCUGUUUUCGGCGUCGGAGUUGCGUUUGUUGAUGAGACUAGUGUUUAUUCUGCUCCGUCUGAUGAGGAAGACAGAGCAGUUCAAGACAUUGCAUCUAUAGUGGAGAAGCUAGCCCCGCCGCCGAAGCAGUUACAUGUUGUGCCGAUUGAGAAUGUCUUCUACUCUUCGGAGUGUGGUGAUGAAGGGGAAAGGUUAAAGAAGUUACUUGAUGCGGUUACUGACCCCACUGGGAAAGAAGACCUUUUACUUCAUCUGCGGAUGUUGGCCUUGCAGAAGAUUGCCUCUGAAAAUGGAUACAACAGGCUUCUACUGGGAUCAUGUAUAUCGAGAAUUGCUUGCCAUGUUCUCACUGCCACUGUGAAGGGACAAGGAUAUUCAUUACCAGCAGAUAUACAGUAUGUUGAUUCAAGGUGGGAAAUACCAGUUUUGCUUCCUCUUCGUGAUUGUCUUGCACACGAGCUAAAUAUGCUUUGCCGCCUUGAUGGUCUAGAAACUGUUGAGUUGAUAAGAAAUCCUGGCACUGGCAUUAAUGGGUUGGUUUCGUCAUUUGUGUCACUCUUGCAGGAAGAAAAUCCUUCUCGAGAGUGCACAAUUGUGAGAACAGCUGGAAAGCUUAUCCCAUUCCAUUUCAACAGAAUUCAAGAGACUGAUGACUCUAAUGUUCCUUUAGCAACUCGAAGGCGUCAGAAGAGAUAUAACCUAAAACCUAAUGAAUGUUUUUCUUCAGAGUCCUUCUGCUUUAUCUGCAAUGGCCCACUCAGCAAAUCUGAUUUGCUAAGUUUGCGCACUCUUGAACAAUGCCAAACAAGUCCUGAUGCUUUGAGUGCUGCCUGCUGUUCGAGCUGCCGGUUCCAGAUACUUCCCCAGGACCCUUUGUUACUGGAUCAAUUUUCUUCAGUUUUACCUCAGCAGCUGGUUUCUCGGGCAAAACAUGAUAACUAUGACAGUUACAGUGUGCUCAGGGAACAAAUACAAGAUUGCUUGCUGUCAGAAGGCGAAGAUGAAAUGUGACUUGGGCCACCCAUGCUGGGUUAUGAUUUCCUUAAGGCACUGCAUAAGCAGUAUUCCUAUUGACUUAGGCAGACAAUUUUGAAAGGCUAGCAGACGUUUAUCGAAGGAAAUAAAAAAGAACUGGCGACAUCAAUGUUAAUCUCCCUAAUCGGUUAGGUUUCAUCUGAUAACCUAUUAAUGGUGUUAAUCUUGAUGACGGGAUUUACAUUGGAAAGAUAAUUAACUCAACCUGGUUCAGUUUGACUCGGUCUGUUAUGAAAAUUAUUUGAUUAUUGUGCUUGAUAAAACAAAGAACCUGUAGCAUUUUAUGUUAUUGAUACUACAAAGAAAUUUAGCAGUCUGAUGUUGAGGUCU